AUGUACCGGCAGCUCUUGGUGCAGGGCGUCUUGGCCAUACUGCUGCCGACAGAGGAUCUCGAAAACGAUUGUCUGACGGCCCUCGUUGGCCAGAUCUUGUCGGAGCUCAUCAUCGGCAAUGUCCUUAUCAACAAACUUGCGCAGCCUUGGAUGUUAUGGGAGAUCAUGAUCAUCCUCGUCAGGGUAUUGGGCAAGCGAGAGCCGGAAACGACAACUCUAGAAGAGGGUGUGGCCGAGGCACUGUCGCCAGACGCGCCCAUCAUCGAGCUGGAAUCCUCAACACGAGCAUGGUCUUUCCAAGGCAUCUUCUGGGGUGUCAUCCAAUGGCUAUUCAUGGCGUUCACAGCGGUACAGCUUGUCGUGCUGACCCUCGCCUCCUCGUCCUCGUUGCCCGCCAGGUCGACACCAGUCUUGGAUGCAAAGAGUUCUCUAGCAGGUUCUGGAUCUGCCACGAAGGCAGCCAAAGCCAACGCCUCCAAGCCAGUCAAGGCACCAUCGCACUUUCAAGCUGUGAGCUGUUCUCUAGCUUGA